AAAUAUUCUCUUUGCUACCCAUUAUAUAGUGCAGAUAUAUCUGAUCAUUUCUCUCUGUUGAGGAUUUUGGAAUGUCGAUAAAACUCAGAAUGCAUGCAUACACACACUUUAUCUUAUGUUGUGUAUUCCUCCUUUUUGCUAAGGAAGAAGGAGUAUUAUUCUAAUGAUAUUGAUGAAUAUGUUAUUAAUCAUUACAGUAUAGCUGACAAACGAAUAGAAAGGAACACGAACAUCUUUUUGUAUGCGCUUGUGUGUAUACACUAGAUAUCUAGGACAACAAAUAUUGCGUCGUCAUGAAAGAAGAAUAGAAACACAUGGAGAGUGAUGUAAUAAACAAUUAUUUCCUAAUAAUGUUAUAGUUUUUUUGCUUUUUUGUAGAAGAACAAACAGACGAUGUUAACUAACCGUCUAUAUGAUAGAAUGAGAUGAGAUAUUUCAUUACUUAAAUAUAAUCUAAAAUUUUUGUUAAUUACAGUUAUGUCGUUUGUUCCAAAUAGUCCCAUGUCAAGUUUAUCGUAUGAUUUAAUGGGUGAAACUGAUGAUUCUGAUAGAAAACCAUUAAUUCGUAUUAAAAACCAUUUUUAUUAUCUACUACAACAGACAAAUGAUGGAAAAUGUUCAAUAAUUAGAGGAAUGAAUAAUCAACCAUUAAAAUCUCCGAGAUUGCGUCAUAUUCAAGAAGAAAAUCCCGAUUUAUGGUUUCGUUCACUUAAUUGCGAAUUGUACAUGAAAAAUAUAAAUUUAGCAUCAAAACGUUUAGAUUGUCCGAUGAACAAUGUAGCGUUGGUUGAAAAUGCGACUGUUGGAAUAAAUGCUAUAUUAAAAUCAGGGUUACCAUUUCGUGAAAUAUGGUGCACAAAUUUAGCGUAUGGUGCUGUUUUAUACACAAUAGAAGAAGCAACAAAGCAACAAAAAAUUCAAAUGAAAACGAUUAAUAUCAAAUUUCCAAUUAUAUCAAAACAAGAUUUUAUCCAACAGUUUAAAGCAUUUUUGGAUGAAAGAAGAAGUGAUGAAAUGUGUUUAAUGGUAUUGGAUUAUAUUACAAGUUCUACAGCUCUUCUAUUUCCAAUGGAGGAAUUAAUUGAAUUGUUUCAUUCUUAUAAUAUGUUAGUGUUAAUUGAUGGGGCUCAUGCAGCAGGACAAGUUCCACAUCUCUCGUUAACAAAGUUAAAUUGUGAUUUUUUUGUUGGUACAUUUCAUAAAUGGUGUUAUGCUUCGCGUGGUUGUUCAUUUUUGUAUGUCAAAAAUGAUGAUUAUCUUGAAUUAAUUCAACCAGCAAAUACAUCAUGGGGAUAUAAGAUAAAUUCCACUCUAACAUCCUAUACCCAUUUUCAUCUACAGUUUUUUAAUCAAGGUACAAAAGAUGGUUCAUCGUUACUUACAGUAGAAAAGGCAUUUGAAUUUUCUGAACAACUGUGUGGUGGUGAAGAGAAAAUAUUUGAAUAUAAUACAAAAUUAAGUCAAACGGCAAAAGAAAUGUUAAUAAAACGAUGGAAUGUACGACAUGAUGAUGAUCAAUUACAAAUACCUCAAGACAUGGAAGCACCCUAUUUAAAAAUGAUACGUUUACCAGAUCUAAAUGAUUAUGAAAAGACUGAAAAUGAUGCAUUAAAAUUGUUAAAUGAUUUAAUAAAAGACUAUCAACUUGUUGCAAUAAUAUUAUGUGUGAAUAAUGAGCUCUAUGCUCGAAUAUCAACGCAAAUAUAUAAUACAUUAAAAGACUAUGAAUAUUUAGCAGAUAUUAUUGAUAAACUACGAAAAAAAUAA